AUGUUGGGAGUUGCUCGGAUAGCGGUGGCUCUGCUGGGGCUGUUGGUGAUGACAGCUGCCGCCGAACAAGUCCUCUGCGUCUGGUGCGAGUUUCUGCUAGGUUCUGGAAGCGGUAUCAGUCCUCUGCCUUCUCCAACUGUGCCCACCGUAAUAACCGGUAGCGUGAAGUCAUCAGUGACCGCGGAAACUUCCUCCACCUCUCCUUCUUCCUCCACCCCUCCUUCUUCCUCAACCCCUCCUUCUUCCUCCACCCCUCCUUCUUCCUCCACCUCUCAUUCUUCCUCCAUCCCUCCUUCUUCCUCCACCCCUCCUUCUUCCUCCACCUCUCCUUCCUCCACCUCUCCUUCUUCCUCCACCCCUCCUUCUUCCUCCACCUCUCCUUCUUCCUCCACCUCUCCUUCCUCCGCCCCUCCUUCUUCCACCACCACCUCUUCAACCUCUACUGCCAGUCCCACUAACCCUACCCCUACUAGCUACUCUCCCUCCCCCCCUCCUCUUCUCCUGUGUGCCCGUCAGAAAGCCCGGAAGGACAACAAGAGUGCCCUACUUGUGACAGCUGUGGCAGAAAACUGGCUAUUGCUCUCGGGACCUCAAUCCCGGCUUCAAUCCUCAUCACCACACUAG